AACGUUACUUUCGUUCUUCGUGUUAAUUAUUAAAAUAGUAGAUAUUAUUAAACAAAUUUUGUUGUUAAUUAUAGCUUAUGAUUUUAAGUGUCCUCUUAUAAUAAUUUAUAUAUCUAUAAUAAUAAGAUAAGAUAAUUAGUUAAUCUCAAUUCUUAAAAGAUUAACAUCAAAUGUUUUGAGAUGGAACUUUCAUAUUGUUUUUAUUUUUUGCUUUUGUGUUUUGUGGCCGGUAACGAUGAAAAGGAAAAUGAGGAUGAAAUUAGGAGGAGGAGACUAAUAGAGCAGUUGACAAAAACUCGUACAGAAAUACUUGAUAACUACGAACUCGUUACCCGGCAGAUAGCUACGGACGUAUUUAUGUUCAGAAGUUAUCGGACUGUUUCUGUGUUGAUGUAUCAUGUAAAAACUGACAUAGAAGAAGCUCGGUUUACUAUUCAAUCAGAAGAACUGCAUUUAAAUAAUAUUGGAUCAUGUAGUCCUCAAGAAGUUAUACUAAAUAUCAAGCAUGGCUCCUACCCUGCAGUUAAUCCAGAUGGCUAUGAUUUUCCUAAAAACUUUAUACAGCCACAGUCAAGAGAGGAGUUACAUACAAUAGAGCUAUUAUCAGAUGGCAAGAACCAAACAUAUACAAUACAUAAACCAAAGCCAGGUUAUUGGUUUGGCUUAGUCUAUAUAAAAUGGCAGGAUCCAAGAGGGCAAAAAGUUGAACAACAAGGUUUAGUUGCUGAUUGCCACACAAUAUUGUACACGGAUUUACAAGUUAAAAAGGAAGAGAAAAUUGAAAUAAUAGACUGCUAUAACACUUUGACCAUAGAUUAUCAACAAUUGCCAGCAUUAUAUAAAUGUAUGUCCACAGAUAGUAUAGAUCCUAUAAGUCUGAACAUAACCGUAGUUAACACCGCAGCUAAUGAUUCAAAAAUAACAUUCCAAGUGCAACCAAAUUCAAUACCGUCACAGGAAAAUUACAUAAUAUACUGCAACUUUGAUCCAAGACUGAAUAUUAUACAAAGAAUCGUAUUCGAUUCUUCUCCAAGCUCAUGGCAUUAUAUUAAAGUCGAAAAUAUAUUUGGUAACACUUCAAAUAUAGCAGACUGCGAAUCCUACUACCUCAGAGAAUAUGAUGAACCCGCCGAUCAAUCUAUUAUAGACCUUAUGCGCGACGAUAAAGGUCGAUUUUUCACAUUCGAUUAUGGCCUACCCACCACAGACUUACAAGAUUCAACCAGUCUGGUAAACCUAACGUCCAAUGAAAUCAAAGCAUUACGUUUUAAAGUUAACCAGUUCAUUGAUAUCGGUGGUACAUUAGCCAUUGAAGCUAGUCUCUUGAUGAGUUUGAAAUACUAUAUGGGGUAUAAGAGAGAGUUGAAAAAGGGCUCGCUGCUAGCGUUUACUGAGGAUAACCAAUUCUUCAAGGCCGUGAUUUGUAUGGACAUUGGUCAUCCUAGUAUACCAUUGAAGACUGGACACUGUAAAUUUAAUGAUAGAGUUCAGCCAGCAUUGUUUGUUUUAAAUAGUACGGAUUCAGAGUCGAUUUACGAGAAAAUUCUUAUCCCUUAUCCGGAUAGUGGGAACUGGUAUUUAACGUUUAGGCUGUUUUGUGACGAAGUUGUGUGCCCCUGUCGAACUUCAGACAACGGGACUAAAUACUACGUCGACUCUCCAACUUCAGAGACAGACAGCUCUGUAGAAUCGAACACGCUUUCGAAUAUAACGAGAGAAGGUGAAACCGAGUGCAAUGCGACUAUAGUUUUGUCUAUAUCGUCUACUUCGUGUCUAAAUGGCAGGUGCAGUAACCAUGGCAACUGUGGAUUGAAUACUUUUGGGGGUAUGGUGAUGUCAUACUGUUCGUGUUCAGCAGGAUAUGGAAGUUGGGACUGCUCAGACGAUUCAAGAAUGGACAGUAAAGUGUACAUGUUAGUGUCCAUACUACUUUUGACACUUAGCAACAUUCUCUUCAUGUUCUCGAUUUACGUCGCCUGCAUACGAUACUACUACACCGAAGCCAUGAUGUAUGCGUUUACGAUGGUGUUUUCAACGUUCUACCACGCUUGUGAUGCGCCUGCGCAAGUUGCGCUUUGUAUUAUAAGGGGGAACAUCCUACAAUUUGGUGAUUUUUACUGCGGGUUAAUGUCUUUUUGGGUCACUCUUCUGGCUAUGAGCAUUAUCGGUGAUAAACUCAGAUCAACAUUUCAGCUAACUGGAGCGAUCCUUAUCGCUCUCCUGACCACGUGGAACAUGCAUUCGUUUGUUGCUUUUUUGUUGCCAGUUGCGAUCGGUGUUACCAUUUUAUUAGCGUCGUGGUAUACAGACUAUAGUAAGACGCAUUGUAUGCGUUAUCCUAAGACGUAUUAUUCUAGGCACCUGCCAUUUGGCAUAGUUCUAGUCUCAGUUGGUUUGGUCUGCUACGCGUUUUUGCAGACAGAACAAAAUUACAAAAUAGUACAUUCUAUAUGGCAUAUGAUUAUAGCGAUUAGUGUUGCAUUUCUGUUGCCAGAUGUGAAAAGGGAUGAUAUGAAUCCGUUCGUUCCGAGCUCGGGGUAUUGCUGGCAGCCGAUUUGUAAUGUUUUUAGGAGAGUCAGGAAUCAUUAAUGCAUUUAAUUAUCGACCAAAUUCAUUUAUCAUCUUAAUCUAAAUCUUAAAUACGCAAAACGUUUUUGUUUAUAGAAGAUGAUGAUUACUAUCAUACCAAAACUUCCUACUAUAGUCGACUCGUUUGAACUGAGGCUUCGGGUCAGAAAUCAUAUAGUCUGUCUCGCUCGCACUUAUAGGCCUUAUGGAGAAAAGAUGUACGUAAGAAUUUUAGAGGUGCAUAUCGAUAAAGGGAUAGGUACGAUGCUAAAUAUUUAUGUAUUAAACCACAUAGAAAAAUAAGUUCUCCAUUGGGCGUUUUGCAUAAUUAAGCGUUAGUAUUGAGUGUCAUAACGAAAAUCUUAUAUUUAUAGAAAAAGAACUGCCCUUAUGUGACGACCUAUCAGGAGUCAGAGUGCGUACGAGUUAAUUAUCGUUGACGGGUAGCAUUGCGUGGUAUUUCCUGAGACCUACUGUCAGUAGCCGCAUCCACACGACACACACACACACACACAUCGUUUAAUGUUUUUGACCGACGACUCAGUUUAAAAUGCGUCGACUGUAGCUACGACAAUCAGGGUUAUUGACGAUUCAAUAAUUCAACAACUUAACUUGAUCACCAAUGCUAUUGACUUAUUAAAUAUAAUAUUUUUUGAAUUGUUUAAUGGUUCAUGGCCCUACUGAUUGUAAGUAUUGGUAAUAUCCACCUAUAAAUAGUGUAACAGAGAAGAUGUUAUACAAAAACGAACAAAUCACAACAUUUGAAAGAAAAGUUUAUUUGGUCGAAACGAGUCUUUUGGAAACGAUUUUGAUAUUUAUAUAAAUCAUAGUAAUGUAAGCAUAAUAGGUAAUGCCAUUUGAAAUGUUAUAAUAGUUAUAAGUAAGAAGUGAAAACUAACCUAGUCAAUGCAAAAACAUCAAACAAAUAUUAUUGUGAUAUUGUAUCAUAUACACUUUCAUACGACAAUAUAUAAAAGUAUAAAAUAGUACAUAUGUAUAUAGAUUUAUUAUACACUAGAACAAGUUUUUUUUUGUGGCCGGGGUAAACUACGUGACAAACAUGCGUCGUGACAAACAAAUUUAUAUUCUCUUUUACUCUUCACACGAAUUCUAUAAUUGCGCUUCGGUUUAGUACCAAAUCACAAAUAAAAAUAUUGUCUAUUACAAAAACUACACAAUUUAAAUAUAUGUUUGUGCUAAGUUGCAUCUGUCUAUGGCUGUUAGAGUUUGAUAAAACAUCGGUAGUAGGUUUUGUUUGCGACUGAGUCGCUGAUCGCCUUGUUUGUCUGAGUCAUGCCUUUGUCACGUUAGAUGUAAACGUGUUUGGCACGCUCAAUUACUGUAAAUAUCGGUGCAUAAUUGGACGAUUAAACUGGAUUGCGCGAACUAUGUGUGCUAUAAUUAAUUGAUUGAUUUCUAAAGAAGCCGGUGGUUUUCCGGCCCGCAUUAUUAUUACUCAGCUCGGAAUUGCCAUAUAGUUUAAUUGUUAAAUAAAUUUAUGUUACAUAUUAUACAAUUUUAUAGAUAUCUUUAAGCAUAUUGUAUUUUUGUGCAGUAAUUUCAAUACUCAUCCUUAAACCGUCAAAAAUACUAGGUAACUUUUAUGUAUCUUAUUACAUUGAGAUUAUACUACAUGGAAUGCCAUGCAUUCUAGAUAAGAACAUGUAUUUUGAACUCUUUUCCAUAUAUAUCAGGGUUCAUCCUAGUUCCGACUUACAAUUGCUAACUUGGGUGCCUUAUACUGUUCAAUUUCAUCUAUUAUUUACAUAUUACUAAUUUUAAAUGUAAAGUAAUACAUUUACACAAAGAUAUCUAGAUUUUAAAUUUAGCCGUGCUUCAAUAAUAUAAUAGGAUUAGCCCGAGACUUGUCAUCAAGUAGUUAAAGAAUCAAGGCGUAAAUGUUUUAUUUUUAAGUAAAAAAAAAAAAAAUUAACUACGAAAAAAAAAUUUUUUCUCCAACACGCCAUAACGUUGGAAGUAACUUAUAUCAAAAUAUUUAUUUACAUUUAUACUUCACAAAUUCACACUUCACUACUUCACAGUGUAGGCUACAUUUAAAAGAAACUGAACACAAAAUGUAGAUCAAAUGUGCAUAAAAAGCUAAUAGUUGAAAUCAGUAUUAUUCAUAUAUUGAGAUUAUAGAAAUACUUGCGUACUUGAACACGGAAAUCUAUCAUUAUAAACUAUGGUAUGAUUUCGAUAGUUAUUUGAUUAAUUAUUUAACAAAGAAUUCUGUUCCCUUUAAAAUUUGUCAAAAUAGUUUAGGCAGCUCAUUUCAAAUCUGGUUGGGGUUUUACUAUUAAUAAUUUUGUUUAAUUACCAUUUAUACAAUAAGGUUAUUAUAAAUUUUGAUAUAUAAUUAAAAUAUGAAAGUAUCAUGCUAUUCAUGUAUAUGCAAUUAAUUGAAAAUUAAGACUAUGCACAAGACUUGAAUUUAUCCUGCUCAAUUGCAUUGUCUGGAACUUGGCAUUUUAAAAUUUUAUAUUUUGAUGCAUGUUAUAGGAAAGAAUUAAAAACCUAUUUAGAUUAUACAGUCGAGUGAUACCUGGUUCAUAGUUUUGCAUUUAUAAAAUAUAUAAUUGAUGACAAGGUGA